GAUUCCAAUAUUUUAUUUAUUAAAUUUAUUUUAUUACGUCGUAGUUUUGUUGAUAUUCUUUUCUAAUAUUGAUCUAUGGUGUUCUUAAAUUUGUAUUAAAUUAAAUAUAAUUAUUAUCGCGAAAGGAGUGAAAUAGAAAGUGAGAAGAAAUCGGUGCUUCAGAAGUGUUUCAAACGUAAAGAUUUUUCGUUAAAGCAAAAUUCCCUGUGCGCUGAUUUACAUAAUUAGAUUAUUAUAAUCGAAUUUUUCAUUCUUCUCGCUAUCAGAGCUAGAGACAGUCGAGUUUCCGUUGAAUUUGGACCAAAGGAUUAUUGAUGAUUAGUUGAGGCGCCAUGUUGUUAUUUACUCUUUGAUGCACGUACUUUUGUUAUGGGUUUUGAUUUUUGUGUAAAAUUCAGUGUGUGAGCAUGUUGGAAGAUGUCCCCGUUCACGGUGGCCGGAACGAACCAAAGAGCAAGUUACCAGCUCACCAGAGGAACCUCAGUUUGGACUUUAGGCAUGUGACCGGUGCGAACGGGCCGCCGGCAGGAUGCGGCCACCAGAGAAACAGAUCUCUGGACUCUGUCCUCCAACGGAUUCCGGAGGAUAUGACACCGACGUCCCCGGAAGGCGUGCCACUUCGACUGACCGGCGAAGUGCCCGCGCCGCGCCUGGCGCUACCUCCGGAAAUUCCCGCGGGGUCCGACGACUCCGGGAUACACACCCCGCCCGACGGAAACGACGAGAUACCCUCGUCAGAGGAGCAAAAUAUCACGCUCGCGGUGGCGAGAUCGAGGGAGAGCCUCGAUUCGGGGAAUCCCCUAGAAGAAUUAGACAAACUCCCCGAUACCCCCGACACGGUCGUAGAGGAACCACCGGGAAAAUCAGUUCUGAGCACGAGCUCGACCAAAAAUAAAGACUUUCUCCUUCGGCUCUUCGAAAGUAAACUGUUCGAUAUGAGCAUGGCCAUAUCGUAUCUUCUGAACUCGAAGGAGCCCGGUGUGCAGACGUACCUAGCGAACAAACUGUUCUCGUUUCCACACGAAGACGUAGACUUUUACCUGCCCCAACUGGCCACUAUGUACAUAGAGAUUGGGGACGUGGCUGAAGUUCUGCGGCCGUACUUGGUGUAUAGGUGUAAACAAAGUGCGGAGUUUUCCUUAAGACUUGCGUGGUUGUUGACUGCUUUUAGUGGUGACGCGAAGAGAUCUAGGGCUACCAAAUUAAGAGACUCGAUACUAGCCGAGGAGAUCAGGCCGGCGACGAAGAGGGGCCACCAUAGAUCUCAAUCGGACGCUUCGGCCCUGAGACUGGCCACCCCGACCGGCAGACACUUGGGUGAUCUGGCGUCAGGACGAGCGUUCGACAACGGGUGUUUGUGUGCCGAACAAUGCUCCUGCGGCGCGCCAAGGUUAGCGCCACAGACUCAUUUCCUAGCGGCCCUAACGACGAUCGGCCGGCGGUUAGCCGGGGUUGCGGAUAAGGAGAGGCGGAACGGCCGGUUGCGGGCUGAACUGGCAACCCUCGACCUCAACCUGCCAGCGAGAGUCUGGUUACCACUACACCACAAACCCCAUUACGUGCUGAGGAUACCACCGCACGCGGCUGCCGUCCUGAAUAGCAAGGAUAAGGCGCCGUACAUCAUGUACGUCGAAGUCCUCGAGACGGACGGUCACGAGCCGCUGCCACCUCGCCUGCUGCCCCCCGCGCCGCCCGCCCCCCACUCCCCGCCGAUCCGGCACACGAAGAGCGAGGAGAACCUAGUGCCGGAGUGGCCGGUGCUGUCGCUGUACUCGCCCCUCGAUGAUGCGGACGCGGGGGACUGUUGGAGCCACGACGAUGAGGAGGUCAGCACGCAGUACGCGCCGAGAGCGCCGGCCCCGGAUUGUUUGUCGCAGGUGUCAGGCGUAUCCCUAGCGUCUGCGGCAUCAGCGGCCUCCGUGGGAUCUUGCGGGUCGCGGGAGUCAGUCGCGGUGGGUGCAGGCGACGUGCGACGGCGACUAGAACACGCGACAGCCGCGCCGCCGCCCAACGCCUUCAAACACGACCCUCACGAUCCGUCAGCUAUCGCGCUCAAGGAGUCCUGGGAAAGCAAAUUGUCGCGUAUGCGGUCGGCGUCGCCGUACGGCGCGUUGGCGGGAUGGCGGCUACUGGGCUGCAUCGUCAAGGUGGGCGACGACCUGCGUCAGGAGCUGCUAGCGGCGCAGCUGCUGCGGCGGCUGCAGGCGGUGUGGGACGCGGAGCGCGUGCCUCUGCGUCUGCGCCCGUACGAGAUACUGUGCCUCGACAAGGAGUCCGGCCUCAUACAGCCGGUAUUGAAUUCGGUGUCGCUGCACCAAAUCAAGAAGCAAUCGGGCAAGAGUCUCCGAGCGUGGCUCGAGCUGGAGCACGGCCCGCCCAACAGCGAGGGGUUCCUGCGGGCGCAGAACAACUUUGUCGAGUCCGCCGCCGCGUACGCGCUCACCAGCUACCUGCUGCAGCUGAAGGACAGACAUAACGGUAACAUUUUGCUGGACAGCGCGGGUCAUAUUAUCCACAUCGAUUUUGGAUUCAUAUUUUCAAUAUCUCCCAAGAACCUGGGCUUUGAAAGUUCUCCAUUUAAGCUGACUUCCGAAUUCGUGGAGGUGAUGGACGGCGAGGGUUCGGACAUGUUCGCGUACUUCAAGAUACUGAUACUGCGCGGGCUCAUCGCCGCGCGGAAACACUGCGAUCAGAUCGUGCAUCUCGUCGAUUCUAUGAGGAUGGGUGGUCAACUCGCGUGUCUCCGCAGCAGUAGCGCAGUGACGUCGUUCCGAGCUCGCUUCCACCACGGCCGAACUGAAGCCCAACUUCACGCGCUAGUCGAGAGACUAGUACGGGACGCGCUACACAGCCUCUCCACACGAUUGUACGAUAACUACCAGUACUAUACUAACGGCAUACUGUAAUGGUACCAUAUAAAGGUACCACUGAGGCUGAUUUUUAGUACACACGCAAACCGUCGGCGAUAAUGGCUCGAGAUGUAUGAAAUUCUAGAAAGCGUUUUGGGGUGUGCUGAUACUAAAAACGGCCUUAAACUACCAUCUGGUAUACUAACGGGACAUUGUAAUACAUUUUUAGUACCACAUACAUCCUGUAAAUUGUAAUUAAUAAAUCUGUUGCUUGUUUGUUAAAGGCACAUAAUAUGCUGCAGCAUUGACCAUUACUUACCGUAAUAACAGUCAACAGUGUUUCGAAAAUAAGAAUUUAAGUACUUCGUGGUACCAUUAAAAAUCAAAUCUGGUGGUACAACAAAAAUAUACAAACUUAUCUGUACAUCAUAAGAAAAUUCAACAACAUCGUCUGUUGAUCAAAAUAGAAAAGUUUGAACUGUGAAUCGCGAUAUAUAUAUAGCAAAGUAUUUAUAGUCAAUCGAAUUUAUUCGACUCAUAUUUUAGAUUGAAUAGAAUUUCGAGUAUUGUUUACGUCAACUUGUUACUCAAACAGUUAUCUUAUGUAAUUUUCGUAAAUAGCUGAAAACAUCAAGUAAUUUUCUCAAUUACUAUUGUCGAUGUAGAAAAACUAUGUUUUCAAACAUACACAUUUUUUACAUCUGUCCUUGAUGACAGAUGUAAAAAAUGUGUAAAUGUGUGGCAAACAUGAAAAAGUCAUUGCCUUUUUGAUCACAUCUAAAUGAUGUAACAGAGUUUCUUGGAUAGAAAAUUGUCUGUAAUUUAAGCAAUCAUGCAGCUAUUAUAGUUCAUCUGCACUUAUUGUGCGUGAGAGAAUGAGUUGGAACUACAAGUAGAAAAUUGUAAAUAAUUGGAGUCAUCUAGUUUUCUUUAUUAGUGCCAUACGAUCGUAUUCAUUUACAAGAUUUUAUGUUUAAAUGGAAUACUUUCAGUUUUAAAAUGUUUUCAUUAAUUUCAUUUGCUUCCAUGCUCAGAUCUUGUCUAUAGCAUUUGUUUGCUCAACCAUCAAAUCAUAUUUUGACCCGUCCAUUGUAGUUAUUUUUAAAAUUGUAGCGCUUUGUAUAAACACGGCAAUAGACUCCGACAUAGUAGGCCGCGGCCAUCGCUAGACUCAGCUUUCCUUGUAAAUUCACUGUCGAAUUGAGAGCAAAAUUUGUAAAUAUAAUAUAAUUUUCGCAAUGAGAAGACUGAUUGUUUCCGGCGUGGAGUGGUAGGGUAUUGAGGAAAUUUAGUAUUAGUGUCUCACUUAGACCCGAUCGCACUCAUAAAGUCCGUGUUAUAGUGUUAAGUUUACUCGCUGGGGCCCAAUUUUUGGAUCUCGAAUCUCGAACAGAUAUGACAAGAAUUGGGCUGCCGGUCCGCGAGGAAAAAUGAUAUAAUGCGAUUGCGACAUGUAGUGAAAUACACGGUGGUCAGUUGUAAAGUCUGGUCACCGAACACAGACAAUCGGCCAUUAACCUAUCGCUAUUUACCUCUUUCGCUCGCACGCAAAAAUAUCGUAGAAGCAAGAUAGCUAGGUUUUCGUAGGUGAGUAAAAAAGACAAGAAGUGAUAGGUGUAAACCUGUAAAUUAAUAUUUUCAUGUUUUCGGUGACUGGUCUCAUUUUACAAGAUCUAAAAUAUAUGCAUUCUGACACCCUGUAUAAUAGACGAAAAUUGUUAUUAGUUAGGCGAUAGAUAGUCAUAUAAUAAUUGCUACUGAUACGAGAAUGGGGGAAUCUUGACUUGUAGUGUAUACUUGUCGACCGAGAUAUUUAUUGAUAUGAUCAAUAUUCCAUUAUAAUUUUAGUAAAUUAUAUCGAAAUGCCAAAAAAAUAAUAUGAAAUUAUUGUAAUGGUAGAUAAU